UUGGAAACUUGGAAUGGUAGAACUUCGAUGGAAAUGGAAUCAGCAGAAAUCAAUAGAAGAAGGAUCAACGAAUCCUCUUUCCAUAUCCAUGCAUCAAGUUUCAGGAGCAGUACUUCAACGAAAGAAAAUGAUGACGGUGACGAUGAAGUUGAGUUGCAGUGGGCAGCAAUCGAAAGAUUGCCCACUUUCGAACGAAUUCGAUCAUCAUUAUUCGACAACGAGCAUCUAAAUGGCAGCAAAGAGAAAGAGGGCAAGAGUGUGAUUGAUGUAACAAAGCUAGGAGCGCAACAACGGCACAUAUUCAUUGAGAAACUUCUCAAGGAUAUUGAACAAGACAAUCGCCGCCUGUUACAGAAACUCAAAGAAAGAAUAGACAGUGUGGGUGUGGAAUUGCCAACUGUGGAAGUAAGAUACAAGAAUUUGUUUGUAGAAGCAGAGUGUGAAAUAGUUGAAGGAAAAACUCUUCCAACACUUUGGAACACCCUCAAAAACAUAAUAUGUGGUAUGACACAAAUUACAGGGUGCAAGUCUCAGGUGAAGAAGCUAGAAAUUCUUAAAGAUGUCAGUGGCAUUAUCAAGCCCUCAAGGUUGACUCUGCUGCUUGGCCCUCCUGGCUGUGGGAAAACGACUUUGUUACAGUCACUUGCAGGGAUACUUAAUCACUCUCUCAAGGUUACUGGGGAAAUAACUUACAAUGGUUUCAAGUUCAGUGAGUUUGUUCCUCAGAAGACAUCAGCUUAUAUAAGUCAAUAUGAUCUGCACAUCCCUGAGAUGACUGUGAGGGAAACACUUGACUUCUCGGCUCGUUGUCAGGGCAUUGGAAGCAGAGCAGAUAUGAUGAAAGAAGUCAGUAGAAGGGAGAAGCAAGUUGGAAUUGUACCGGAACCGGAUAUAGAUACUUACAUGAAGGCUAUUUCAGUUGAAGGGCUAAAAAGAACUCUUCUGACGGACUAUAUCAUUAAGAUCCUUGGACUAGACACUUGUGCAGAUACCAUUGUAGGAAAUGCUAUGAAAAGAGGGAUUUCGGGUGGCCAAAAGAAAAGGCUAACAACAGCGGAAAUGAUAAUUGGUCCAACAAGAGCUCUCUUUAUGGACGAGAUAUCAAAUGGUUUAGACAGCUCCACAACAUUUCAGAUUGUUAGUUGUCUGCAGCAAUUGACACACAUAACCGAGUCUACCAUUUUGGUUUCACUUCUUCAGCCAGCACCUGAGACCUUUGAUCUCUUUGACGACGUUAUAUUGAUGGCAGAGGGGAAAAUUGCAUACCAUGGACCUCGACAUAAUGCUCUAGAGUUCUUUGAGCAUUGCGGUUUUCGAUGCCCUCUGAGGAAAGGCAUUGCUGAUUUCCUUCAAGAGGUGGUUUCAAAGAAGGAUCAAGAAAAGUACUGGUAUCAUAAAGACCAACCCUACAGUUAUAUUGAAGUUGACAAGAUUGCUAAUAUGUUCAACGAUUUUCAUGUGGGGAAGAAACUGUCAGAGGAACUAUCCAAACCUUUCAAUAAAUCUGAAUACCACAAAAAUGCUCUGUCAUUUAACAUAUACAAGUUGAAAAAAUGGGAAUUAUUAAGAGCAUGCACAGCAAGAGAGUGGCUACUUAUGAAGCGUAACUCAUUUGUUCAUGUGUUCAAGACUGUACAGCUGGUGAUCACUGCAGUAGUAACAAUGACAGUGUUUCUUCGUACACGGAUGAACAUUGACAUGGUCGGUGCGAAUUUCUACCUAGGGUCCUUGUUUUAUGCACUUAUUAGAUUAAUGUGCAAUGGAAUUGCUGAGAUAUCAAUGACUGCAUCAAGACUUGGAAUCUUCUACAAGCAAAGAGAUUUCUACUUCUAUCCUGCAUGGGCCUAUUCCAUUCCAACUGCCAUUUUAAAGAUCCCCCUUUCGUUGCUAGAUGCUUUUCUUUGGACAGCUGUUACUUAUUAUGUCAUCGGUUACAGUCCCGAAAUAGAAAGGUUCUUUAAGCUGUUCCUCCUGCUAUUCCUAGUGCAUCAAGUAGCAGUGUCGCUGUUUCGUUUGAUUGCUUCUAUGGCUAGAAAUCCUUCAGUUGCAUCAACUUGUGGUCUUUUCACUGUAGGAGUCAUAUUUGUAUUUGGUGGUUUCAUUAUUCGAAAAACUUCCCUACCUGCUUGGCUUCAGUGGGGCUUUUGGGUAUGUCCGCUGGCAUAUGCAGAGAUAGGUGUUUCAGUCAAUGAGUUUCUUGCUCCGAGGUGGCAAAAGAUGUCAUCUUCAAAUAUCACUGUCGGCCAGCAAGUUCUCAAAAACCGUGGCCUUGAUUUCAGUGACUACUUUUAUUGGAUUUCAAUAGGAGCAUUGGUUGGAUUCUGGAUUGUCUUCAACAUUGCAUUUACCUGCGCCUUAAGUUAUAUAAACGCUCCAGGUAGGUCCCGGACUAAGAUUUCCCACAGAAGUCUCUCUAACAUGAAGGGAACAGAAGACUUUACUGGUCUUGUUACUCAAACAGCUAUUGCUGAAUCAAAAAGAACAAGUGAGAAUCCCAUAGGUUUGGUUUUACCUUUUGAGCCUGUUACAAUAUCAUUUGAGAAUGUGCAAUAUUUUGUUGAUACACCAAAGAAACUGAGAGAUCAAGGUUUUCCACACAAAAGACUGCAACUCCUUCACGAUAUUACUGGUGCAUUUAGGCCAGGAAUACUUACAGCUUUGAUGGGUGUCAGUGGAGCUGGUAAAACAACUUUGAUGGAUGUUCUAUCUGGAAGAAAAACAGGUGGAAUUAUCAAAGGUGAUAUUAGAAUUGAAGGGUAUCCAAAAGUCCAAAAAGCAUAUGCUAGAAUAUCUGCGUACUGCGAACAAUUUGAUGUGCAUUCUCCAAAUAUUACUGUUGGAGAAUCAGUGACAUACUCAGCUUGGUUACGUUUGCCAGCUGAGAUUGAUAGACGUACUAGAUCCGAAUUUGUGGAAGAAGUCCUUCAAAUGAUAGAGCUUGAUGAACUCAAAGAUGAGUUAGUUGGUGUAACUGGUGUUAGUGGUAUAUCAAAUGAGCAGCGUAAACGGCUAACCAUUGCGGUAGAGCUUGUUUCGAAUCCAUCCAUAAUUUUCAUGGAUGAACCUACUUCUGGUUUAGAUGCCAGGGCGGCUGCAAUUGUCAUGCGAGUUGUCAAGAAUAUCGUGAGUACAAAUAGAACAGUUGUAUGCACCAUUCACCAGCCAAGUAUUAACAUAUUUGACUCAUUUGAUGAGUUGAUUCUGUUGAAAAGAGGUGGGCAAAUUAUCUAUUCUGGAGAGCUGGGUCAAAAUUCAAGUAAGCUCAUCGAAUAUUUUGAGGGAGUUUCCGGGGUACCAAAGAUCAAAGAAAACUAUAACCCAGCAACAUGGAUGUUAGAAGUUACCAAUCCUUCUGUAGAAGCUCAACUAGGUGUGGAUUUUGCCGUUCUCUACAAGGAAUCUGACUUACACUGGAAAAGCAAUGAACUAGUUAAAGAACUGAGCUCACCAAGAGGCUCGAAGGCGAUACAAUUUUCUACUCGCUUUCCUCAAAAUGGAUGGGAUCAAUUUGGAGCAUGUCUGUGGAAACAGCAUCUCUCAUAUUGGAGAAACCCACAAUAUAAUUUGGUGCGCUUGAUAUUUAUAGCAGUGUCUUCUUUGUUAUUCGGAGUACUUCUUUGGCAGAAAGGACAGAGGAUAGAUGGUGAACAGGAUUUGUACAACAUACUUGGAAGCAUGUACAUAUUUGUUCAAUUCAUGGGAAUUGGAAACUGUUCCUCUGUUUUACCACUUAUAGCUUCAGAGCGCACAAUUGUAUACAGAGAACGGUUUGCUGGAAUGUAUUCCCCAUGGGCAUAUGCAUUUUCACAGGUUAUUAUUGAAAUUCCCUAUGUAUUUCUUCAAGCAUUUUUGUUUUUGAUUAUUACAUAUCCAGUAAUAAAUUUCUAUUGGUCACUUUACAAAAUGUGUUGGUAUUUCUACACCACGUUUUGUACAUUUCUCUACUUCAAUUACUUGGACUUGCUGAUUGCUUCUUUGACACCUACCUUAGAGAUGGCUACAGUAGUUGCAGCCUUUUCGUACACCUUGUUGAAUUUGUUCUCAGGGUUUCUCAUACCCGGACCGGUAAGCCAAAUCUUCUCUAACUUGCUUUUCACUUGGUUUAAGAUUCAAGUAAUCUGUCUUAAUCAAGUCUACUCUCUUUACUUGCAGAAAAUACCAAAAUGGUGGGUUUGGGCUUAUUGGAGCUGUCCAACUUCUUGGUCCUUGAAAGGUCUUCUAACUUCACAGUAUGGAGAUUCAAAGAAGCAAAUUACCAUAUAUGGGGAGAAGCAAGCAAUUGAUGCAUUCUUAAAAAGCUAUUAUGGGUAUGACUAUGAUGACCUAGGAAUUGUAGCUUUUGUUCUUCUUGCAUAUGCACUUGUUUUUGCUUGUGGUUUUUCAUAUGCUACAGCAAAACUCAACUUUCAGAAGAGGUAAAGAUGCUUCU